AUGGCCGAAGCAAAGGCAGAAGCACCCACUAAAGUAGAAGCAAAAAAGGAUACUGAAGAAGAUAAAAAUGAAUUAUCAGAAGAAGAUAAACAACUGCAAGACGAGCUAAACCUUUGUGUUGAAAGGCUGACUGAAAACGAUGAAAAUCUAUAUCUUUCUGCUCUGAAUGUGCUCGGUACAAAAAUAAGAGCCUCAACUACAUCUAUGACGUCCGUCCCAAAGCCUCUUAAAUUUAUGAAGCCACAUUAUGAUACAAUGAAACAAGUUUACGAUAAAAUUAACAAUCCCAAUGUAAAGAAGGUUUGUGCUGAUGUAGUUUCAGUUCUAGCCAUGACUAUGGGCGAAGCACGUGAGUGUUUAAAGUAUAGACUUCUAUCAGAUUUAGAUCAAAUACGAGAAUGGGGGCACGAGUAUGUAAGACAUUUAGCUGGCGAAAUUGCUGGAGAGUGGGCAGACAAAGAAGUAGAUGAUAAAGAUAUGGAAGAUAAACUUAUACAGCUAGCCAAGCAAAUAGUGCCUUAUAACAUGGCACACAAUGCUGAAGCCGAAGCUUGUGACUUGUUGAUGGAGAUUGAACGUCUUGAUUUGCUUGAAGAAUAUGUUGAUGACAAUAUUUAUCCUAGAGUUUGCUUAUAUCUUACAAGUUGUGUACCAUAUGUAGCUGACCCAGAGAAUACAACUUUACUUCAGACAGCUCUGUUAUUAUUUAGGAAGUUUAAUCAGUAUCCUCAGUCCUUGAGACUAGCUUUGCAGUUAAAUGACCAUGCACUUAUAGAAGAAAUAUUUUUGUCGUGCAAAGAUACGACAAUCCAAAAACAGCUUGCAUUCAUGUUGGGGCGUCAACAGAUUUAUAUUGAAAUUCCUGAAACUACUCCAGAAUAUGAGGACCUUGCUGAAAUAAUGGCUAACUGUCAUUUGAAUAACCAUUUCUUGAAUUUAGCAAGAGAACUUGAUAUUAUGGAACCCAAAACUCCCGAGGAUGUGUAUAAAUCCCACUUAGAAAACACCAGACCCUCUUUUGGUGGAAGCCAAGUUGAUUCUGCCAGACAGAAUCUAGCUGCCAGUUUUGUUAAUGGUUUUGUCAAUGCUGCUUUUGGCCAAGACAAACUGUUAAUGGAAGAUGGUAAUAAAUGGCUUUACAAGAACAAAGAACAUGGGAUGCUUAGUGCUACUGCAUCUCUUGGUUUGGUGCUUUUAUGGGAUGUCGAUGGAGGUUUAACACCUAUUGAUAAAUACUUGUAUUCUUCUGAAGAUCACAUCAAAUCAGGAGCACUUCUAGCUUGUGGUAUUGUAAACUGUGGUGUUAGGAAUGAGUGUGACCCUGCUCUGGCUCUUCUCAGUGAUUAUGUCCUGCAUAAUGCUCCAAUUAUGAGAACUGGAGCGAUUUUAGGUCUAGGUUUAGCCUAUGUUGGUUCUAACCGUGAAGCUGUGUUAAGUUUAUUGUUCCCAGUAUUUUCUGAUCCUAAAUCUAACAUGGAGGUAAUUGGAAUGGCGGCAUUAGCCUGUGGAAUGAUUGCAGUAGGAUCAGGCAAUUCACAAGUUACAACCACCAUUAUGCAGACUCUAAUGGAGAAGAGUGAGACUGAAUUGAAAGACACUUAUGCUAGAUUCUUGCCUUUGGCUAUAGGAUUGUGCCAUUUGGGCAAGCAAGAAAGCAUUGAUACCAUUAUUGCUGCUUUGCAAGUUAUUCCAGAGCCCUUCAGGUCUAUGGCAACAACAAUGGUUGAUAUUUGUGCUUAUGCUGGCACAGGAAACGUUCUAAAGGUUCAGCACUUACUCCACAUCUGUUCUGAACAUUAUGAACCCCCUGAGCCUGUAGAAAAAGAUAAAAAGGACAAGGAAAAAGAUAAGAAAGAGAAACCUGAAGAAAAGGAAAAGGAUUUGUCAGCUCGCCAAGCCAUUGCAGUCCUUGGAAUAGCGUUAAUCAGUAUGGGAGAAGAUAUUGGCAGUGAAAUGGCCUUCAGAACAUUUGGACAUUUACUCAGAUACUGUGAACCAGUUAUUAGAAGAGCAGUGCCUCUUGCUUUGGGUCUCAUAUCAGUUUCCAAUCCGAAAUUGAGCAUUCUAGAUACACUGAGCAAGUUUUCUCAUGACAGUGAUGCUGAGGUAGCUCACAAUGCCAUCUUUGCUAUGGGAUUGGUUGGUGCUGGAACAAACAAUGCAAGAUUAGCUGCAAUGUUGAGACAGUUGGCACAGUACCACGCAAAGGAUCCAAACAAUUUGUUUAUGGUCAGAAUUGCACAGGGUCUAUGUCACUUAGGAAAAGGAACACUUACUUUGAGCCCAUAUCACAGUGACAGACAGCUGAUGAGUCCUGUAGCUGUAGCUGGCUUGAUGGCAACCUUGGUGGGAUUUUUAGAUGUCAAAACAAUUAUCUUGGGAAAAUCUCAUUACCUCCUGUAUACUUUGGCAGCAGCUAUGCAGCCAAGGAUGCUGGUCACCUUUGAUGAAGAUCUCAAUGCAUUACCUGUACCUGUCAGGGUUGGUUUGGCUGUUGAUGUAGUAGGACAAGCGGGCAAACCAAAAACAAUUACAGGCUUUCAGACUCACACAACUCCAGUCCUUUUGGCUCAUGGUGAGAGAGCAGAACUGGCAACUGAGGAAUAUAUUUCCCUCACGCCCAUUAUGGAAGGAUUUGUAAUAUUGAGGAAGAAUCCAGACUUUAAUCCGUAGUAACUUAAAUAGAUAUAAUUUUCCUUUUCUUAAGAAUUUAUUGAUUUUGCUUUAAUAAACGUUUGUAUAUGUA